AUAAAGCUCGAUUCGGCUAGAAGAAGCCCUGUUCUUCCGGGAAAAUGGCGACUCCCGCUCAUUCGCCGGAGUCCCUGCCCGCCGCGGAUCCGGCGCCCGCAGCGGGAGCUGUCGCGGACGUCGAGUGCCCGCCGCCUCGCCAGCCUCAGCUCCCGCAGAAUGUCCUCGCUGCCUCGCGGCUUCGAGCCCCAACCUCCCGAGGACUUGGGUCAGCGGAGUUUGGCAGAGCUGCGGGAAACGUUGAAGCGCCAGGAGAGACUUUUGCGCAACGUAAAAUUCAUUUGCAAAUUGCCCGACAAAGGUAGAAAGAUCAUAGACUCUGUCGCCAAACUGAAAGCUGCCAUUGAAGAACAUGAAGAAGUUAGAGGGGGAAGUGACCUCUUUCAUCCCGUUAAUUUAGACUGUAAGUGGAGGACAAAAGCAAGUACAGUUGUUGAUGUGGCAACAGAUACGGCCCAGAAUUCUGACCAGAUACUUGAUACUUCAUCACUAGUUCCUGGCUGCUCCUCUAUAGCUACCAUCACGUCGUCUCAGACAACCUCACAGCGGGGCCUGGUCCAUCCUACUCAUGGAGGCAAUGCUGAGGCCCCUGAGCCCGAACACUCAGUGAGCAAGUGCCCACCUUCCAGCAGCAGAGCCGCUGUGCCUUCCUCAUCUGAAGCCAGUGAGCGACUCCCUCAGCAUCACAUUUCAAGUCAAGUAGAGGAUCAUUCUAGCAGCUCGGAGAACCUGUUUAUUGAUAGAUUGCAAAGGAUCACUAUUACAGACCCUGGUGAACAUCACUCAGAAGGAAACCCGAGUCUGGAGAACUUGACUGGCCUUUGGCGUGGGCCACAGAAGAAGCCUCAUUACAUGGAAGUGUUAGAAAUGCGAGCAAAAAAUCCUCUGCCCCUACCACAUAAAUUUAAAACCAAUGUAUUACCUUCACAACAGCAUGAUUCAGUAAGUCAUUGUCAGGGGAGAGGGUCCCCUAUAUCCUCAGAAGAGAGGCGGCGCCUGGAUAGGAAGCAUCUGGAUGACAUCACGGCAGCUCGGCUUCUGCCACUACACCACAUGCCCACACAGCUGCUCUCCAUAGAAGAGUCGUUGGCACUUCAGAAACAGCAGAAACAGAGUUAUGAGGAAAUGCAAGCCAAGCUCGCAGCCCAAAAAUUAGCUGAAAGACUGAAUAUUAAAAUGCAGAGCUAUAAUCCAGAAGGGGAGCCUUUGAGGAAAUACCGAGAAGUAAGGGAUGAAGAUGAUCAUCAGUCUUCUGACGAUGAAUGCUAAAGAUGGGACUUGGAUCGUCUACGAAGUCUCUGCCUGUUGAGAUCCCUUAUCUCACAUCAGCCUUUCUAACAAGUAUCAAGAUCAAUGUUGGAGCUCGUUGAAAGAAUUGCAACACAAAGUUACCCAAGGAAGCUAUAAAAACAGCCCACUUUCAGAAAAUAACUUUCAUGUGCUUGAAAAGUUUAAUAUUUGAAUAAUGUAUUUAAUCACAUUGUGUUCAAGUUUUGGCAGUAUGUCAUGAGUUAACUGGUCAGAUAUUUUAUCGAAUGGUAGAGCACGUUUUUUUUUUCCCUCUAAGCCAAAUGAAAGCAGGUGACUAACUGCCUUUUUCUUAUUCUUACCUCUCUCAGAUAGCAUUUAUUACAUGUCUUUUGGUGAAUUAUUUCGAUGUCCCAGGGAUUACCUAAAAUGAGUUACUAAAAUAGAGUUCCCUCCUUUUUUUUGCAUAAUGAAGGGAACAGUCUAGGGAAUUUUGUGCACGUUUGCAUGGGGCUGUUGCAGAAUUGGAUGUGAAAUACCAGGGAAGACACAGAAAAUGCUUAAAUGUUUCCUUCUUCUGUCUUUGCUUAGGAAGAGUAUUUUUCUUCUGAUUAGGAAUAAGUGGUACUUAGCUGAUGGAGGGUGGAGAACCUUUCUAGAUGACCAGAUUUGCCUGGAUUAACAUGAGGUCAAGAAAAAGUCUAAGAUGACUGAUGUAGGUGAAAGGAAUAGUUGGCUUUGGCCUGAUUUGACUUCAUUUUUUUAAGAGAUGAUAGGUUCAAUUUGAUAAGAAACCCAAAACAUUUUUUAAAAGCUGCGAUUGGUUAUCAAUAUAUUGCUUCUCCCUCCCGUCACCAAAAGAGGCUUAUGUGGGCUGCAGAAACCUCAAUCUCAUAUGCCAUUUUAAAGGAUGAUGUGGUUGUCUCCAGAAAAAUCGACACCUGUGUUAGCCAAGAUUUCUUUGUCUAAUAUGUUAGCACCUUUAAACAGUGUGGAAAGAAUAAAGUCUUAUUCAGAGAAACUCCAAAAUGCUAAUGGUGAUGCUUUACUGGUGCUUGAUUAAAUGUUAACUUUAAAAGAGAAUUUUCAUCUAUGAAAUUUGAAUGAAAAUACAUUUAGGCAGAUGUCCUUGCAGUAGGAGAGACUCAGUUCUCUGCCAUGUCCUCCCAGGAGUGAGCACUGCUUCCUACCUCCCUUUUGCCACCUCCCCCUCCAAAAAGCAAAUGAAAAGUAUACACAGAAUAAAUACAUAUUGUUUCUGGAAAGCUAGGUAAUACGGAGGGUUCACAUGCAUGUACACGCAGUCUCCUGAAGUCCUACCCCCAGGAGGGCCUCUGUUAACACUUGGAUACAUGUUUACAUGCAUACUUCUCUGUGCAUAGCUAUACACUUACAUUUUUAAUAACGCAGUCACACUAUACACUGGUUACCAGUAUUCUGAUCAGUAUUUUGUAACCAUUUUCACAUAUAAAAUAUUUUGCAUUUUAGAUAGCUGCAGAAUAUUCCAUUUUAUAAGUAUACUGUAACUUUUAAAAGCAACUUGUUUCACAAUUUGUUAACGUAAUGUAACUUGAGAACAGUGGUGCAAUCAAUAUCUUAAAAGUAUAAUCACACCGUAUAAAAGUGACUUGUUUCCAAAAGGUACAGUCCUAGAAAUGAAUUGCUAGGUGAGAGUCUUAAGUCUUUGAGAAUAUCAGUCACUCACCACAAAGACUCCCUGAAUACCCUCUAGCAAUAUAUCAAACUUGUAGAAUUGCACGUUGCUAUUUAAAAUACUUGCAAAUUGAAUAAUUACAGAAUAGACUACCUUUACAAUGUGUGUUUCUUUGAUUACUAGGGAAGGGUGAGUGUUUUUUUAUGUUAAUUGACCGUUAACGUUCAUUGUUUUGAGCAUUGCUUAUUCAUAUCUUUCCCAUAGUCCUCAGGAGAGUUUGCCAUUUGUACUGGUUUCUAAGUUUUUUUUUAAAUUGGGAUGUCCAUCUUUUGUCAUAUGUUACUGUUUUCAUGUGUCACCUGCCUUUUAAUAUAAUCGAUGGUGUUUCUGAGUAGAAGUUGUUUUCUUUGGGCACCUACUUUUAAAGGUGUGUUAGAGCAUGCACCCUCCCUACCCCAAGGAUGGGUAUGGAUUUAUCCUUAUUUCCUUUCAGCAUUUAAAAAUUUUCACUUUUAUACUUAACUUGAAUUCAGAAGGAAAGUUUUAAUCCAUGUCAAAUUUGGAAAUAUGGUUUGAGGGGAAAUUUAAUUUUAAAACAUUUAAACUGUAAUGAUAUAGAAUAUUAAAUUCUAUGUCUUUGUGUCUUGGAUCUAUUUCUGGGCCUUCUAGUUUUUCCCAUUUUAAUAAUUAUGGCUUUAAUCACUUAUUAUUUGGUAGUACAAGUUCUCCCUUGUUCUUUUAAAUUUUGUGAAACAUACAGAAAAGUACAUAAAACAGAAGUGCAGUUUAGUGGAGCUGUGUAGCAAAUAGCCACGUAAUCACAAACCAGAUGCAGAAAAGCUACUGCCAGCUCUCUAAAAUCUUGUGUCUCUGCUAGGCUCCUCUCCCAAAGGUACCUACUAUCCUGACUUUAUGGCAAUACUUCUUCCCUUUUAAAAAAUGGUUUUGCCGGUUAUGUGUGCAAUGAUAUGGUUAGUUUUGCUGACUUUUGACUUAUAAAAAUGGAAUCAUACUGUG